AUGGAGCAGAGCGGCGGCGCGAUGUCCACCAAGCGCGCGAAGCCCUCGGCCGCCGCCGGAGAGGACCGACUGAGCUCGCUCCCCGACGAGGUGCUGGUCCUCAUCCUCCUCCGCCUCGGUACCGCCGCCGCUGGUCGGACCAGCGUCCUCUCCCGGCGCUGGCGCCGCGUCUGGGCGCUGCUCCCGGAGCUCCGUUUCCCCGCUCCGCCGUCGCCCUACACCAUCGCCUCCGCGCUCGCCGCCCACGAAGCCGAAGCGUCGCUCCGCCACCUCCUCGUCGAGGUCGAGGACGCCACCCCCGGAUCUGUGGCGGCCUGGCUCCCCGCCGCCGCGCGCCGCCUCUCCGGCAGCCUGGUCCUCAGGAACCGGGCGGCUGGGGAAAAUCGCGUGGACGGCGGCGAGGAGGAGGACGAGGAGGCCCCGCAAGGAGGCGCCAUUGAGCUGCCCUGCUUCGAGCGCGCUACCUCGGUGUCUCUCCCCCUGGGGUUUCUCGGCCUCGCCGUGCCUCCUGCCGGCGUUUUCGCCCGGCUCACCGAGCUCUCCCUGAAGCGUGUCCGGUUCCGCAGCCCGUUCGAGCUCGGCGAUGCCAUCUCUUCGCCACGGUUCCCGUGCUUGCAGAAACUCAGCGUCAGUCACGCCCGUGGGCUUCAAAACAUCGCCAUCUACUCGGAGUCUCUGCUUCAAGCGGAGCUGUUCUAUUUGGAUAGGUUGCAGCAGCUCACCAUUGUGGCGCCGGCACUCCGCCGGUUGCUAGUGUGUGGCUGCUUUGCUCGCCGCCAGCCGGUUGCCAACAUUUCUACCCCUCAGCUGCGCUACCUCUCGUGGAAUGAGCCAUAUGAUCCAAGCUCUGUCAAGCUUGGCAAUUUGGGGCAAGUUCAACGGUUGGGCACAAAUUAUUAUUUUGUAUAUGGGAGGCAGGACUCUAGAACCAAUCGUGCCUUUCUAUUGCUCCUGGAACGGUUUCCAGUCAUCCACAGCCUUCAAACAAAACUUGUCUAUCCCACGGCAUACAGGAAAAGCCAGGGAAUGGCACAAGGUGGUCACCGUGUAUAA